ACACAGAAUCGUACCUCGUCUUAUCAUCGUACGACAAUGUGAAUAGGGGGACAUCUCCGAUGACGGAAUGGAAGUACGACGACGACUACCUCGUGAGAGGUCCUACGUACACGAACGACAAGAGGCCGCUCCAGUGCCGGAUAUCGCGACCGCAGACACUGGAUAUGGCGUGGUCAAUGGCUUGCUGGCGCUACUUGGCUACCUGGUCCAACUCCUGAAGUCAAUCGUCUAUGGAGUCCCGGAGAAAGAUGUACGACAAAAGGAAGAUGUAGACGAAGACAAGAGCAGUGAAGAGACGGUUCUGCUAGGACACAUGUGUCGUGGGGUGAUAGCGGUUCAUGAACGGCGUCGCAAGAGAAGCACAGCUUUAGUGCUGUCCAGCAGUCGCAAUGGAGACAGACCUUCUGCACUCGAGCACGCUGCUGCCGCCUAUGCCUUCCUGGCCUCGGAGACACACCCCAGACUCCUCGGCUGCCUCUCCUCAGGCCCACCCAUCAUCCUCGAACACGCUCCUCUAGGCACCGUCCACGCUCUCCUCUCGACUACAUCAACCUACCCAUCUCUUGUCCACCCUUCAAUCCCCGCCAACCGCUCCACACUCGCCCUCCCCCUCUCAUGGCUCCUCCAAGCCUCCUCCGCCCUCCGCUUCCUCCACGACCAAAAAGUAACCCACGGCGCCAUCUCUCCCUCAUCCCUCUACCUCCGCUCCGACAUGUCAAUCGCAGUCGCCGAUUUUACAAAAUCCACAAUCAACGGCCACAACAACGGUAUCCCCACCCGCAAGCCGCAAGAAUUCGCUUUCCCAGUCGACGCACUCCGCUACGAUUACUUUGACGGCGAACUCUCCGCAAACUCCCAAGCCCUGGGUCUCGCAAUCGACGCUUUCGAUUUCGCUACGUUGGCGUAUAAACUAUUGGUCAGGAAACAACCGGAUUGGAAGCUUCCCACUGGCAAUGGAACUUGGGCGUUGGAAGAAUUGCAUGAGGCUUUGGAUGAAGCUGCGCCCGAGUUGGGGGAUGAGAUUGUGGUGGGUUAUGUGGUUAGGGAUGCGUGGUGUUUAGUUUAUGAGGAGGGAAAGACUUUGCAGGAGGAUGUCGUGCAUGCGUUGUUGAGGCAUGGCUUCCAAGUCAGAGGAGAUGAGGUUUUGGGGGUGAGGGAGGCGGUCAGGGGGUUUGCUGAGAGCUAUACGCCUUCUUGGAGUCCAUGCUCAAACAAUGGACCUCCUCAAAAGGAAAAUAUCUUCACGCUGUGACGUGCAUUGCGUCUCAAACGUGUAUUAAACUUGGAUACAGAAACUUG